CAAAUUCAUAUAUGUAAUUAGACUAAGUAUAUAAUAAUACUAUCGUAUGAAUAUAUUAUACCGAGUAUAUAAAUAAGACCUUCACAUCAUAAACAAAAAUAUUUAUCCUGGUUCGUUCCACCCAAACUUUCUUUCUCUCUCUCUCUCAAAUGGCUGAGGUCCAAGACACACACAUGAAACAGGGCAUCAAGCUCUUUGGAGCAACAAUAAUAACAGUUGAUGAAGAGAAGAAACCAAACGGCAAAGAUGAUGAAGCUAAAAGAAUUGCAGUAGAACAACACAAGAGGCCCGACAAGGUGAUUCCCUGCCCUAGAUGCAACAGCAUGGAGACCAAGUUUUGUUACUUCAACAACUACAACGUUAACCAGCCCAGGCACUUCUGCAAAGGUUGCCAGAGGUACUGGACGGCCGGCGGAGCUCUCCGGAACGUUCCCGUCGGGGCUGGUCGCCGUAAAAACAAGCCCCCAUGUCCGAUGAUUAAUGGGUUGUCGGAGGCCUGCUUGUAUGAUGCCUCCGGGCUUCUACGCCAUAUUGAAUUCGACGGGACGACGACGAUGACGGUGGACGAGUGGCGCACAGCGGAGCAAGGCGGCUUCCAUCUUCUCUCCGGGAAGAGAAGCAAGAUCUCCGCUACUCAUUGAUUACUCAAAGAAUUGCCCAUUCUUGUUUAUUCCCCAUUUCUACUGUAGAUCAUUAAAUUUUACUCCACUUUUAUUAGGUGUAUUAUCUAUAUACAUUAAUGUUUAGAGCAUAAAGUUAGAAAAGCAAUACUUUGUAUAAAAUAAAGGCAAAAUUCAGAAAAAGUAUGGCCAUAUUUGUAAUCGUAGUGUUUCAAUUUUGUUUCUUGAGGAAUGAGGAUAUAUGGUCCAUUGAAUUGCAUGAACUUCUCUGCUGCUAACAUAAACAAUCAAGAAUCUAUUGUGAGAAUAUUUAGACCGC